UGUUGAAAUGGAGGCCCCGUAGAACUGGAGGCGGAACUUCGUGCUUUUUACAUUCUUCUGAUUGGUUUAAGUGUUGGUGUCACGAAAUAUCCCGGGUUUGUGCACAUUGUUUGGAGAAUGUGCUGUGUGGAAGAAACUAACGGCAGAUUGCCAGUGUCGCUGCAAAUGUAGUAUCACUAGUAUUACAUGUUGUUGUAAACGAUGAGCUACUGAACACAUUCUAGUAAUAUAUCGGUGGACUGCUGGGUGCUCUGGCACGUCACGGAACAGCAAAAGAGCACCUUUCGGGACGACGAGGUCCUCGAAUGUUCACAAGAGCAUUGUUAGGAUGACUCGUGAAAUGGGUGUUGGAGCUGUGGACCUAAUCAGCAUGAUAAGUGAAUUGCCAUUUUUCCCCUGAUGUGUAAUGGGUACAGUUGGGGCUUAAAGAGAAGAUUUUAUUGAUUCUCUCAAAAGACUCAACAUACCACGAUGGCUCAUGGAUUGAAUACGUGUCAUCAUUCUAAGGGUCCCCCUGAUUCAAAGGCCUUGGUGGGAGAUUCAUUGGAGUCUGAGGAAAGCUUUGGACAUCAUAUUGAGCAGCUUAUUGAAAAAGAGAACAUUUCAAGCAUGAUUGAUUCUGAAGAAGUUCCCCUAUCAGGCUGUCUGAAUUCAGACACAGAUUCUUUACAAGACACAUGCCAUGAACCACCAUGGCAAAGUGGAGGGAAACCAGUAGAUAGUGAGGCAGAUCAAUCAAGUGGUAUCACACCAAAUCAGCUGGCCUUUUCAAAAACUGAUGCACCUGUGUUGGAUACACAUUCAAACGGGACAAGACUAGAUUCUGCAUUGUUAACUGUUGCUAGUCUUGAAGGUUACUCGGAUGUUAGCAGCUGCUCUGAAGCAGAUCUUGACAUUUCAAAUACUCCAAUAUUGGAAGAAAACCGUGAUGGCAAUCAAUUUUCAGAAUAUCAGAACAUAGGAAGUAUUGGGGAGCUCAGUGAAUUGGAGAAAGAACCUUCUUGUAUCCAUGCUGGUGAUUUACAUAAUCCGUUAGCAGCAAGAGACCCAGAGACAACAGAAAAUCCAGAUUCUGAUGGUAAAGAACCCCCUGUCACAAAGUGUGAUGGUGGUAAUUUGGGAAAUGUGAUGUAUGAAUGUGGCCAAGGAGAGAAGUCCUCCUUGAAUCUUGAGAAUCAAUGCUCAGAUAUCAGUAAUACAGAAAGUGAAAACGACUGCAUUACAACAAAUGAGGAAUAUAAGGAGAAGUCAGAAAUGACAAACGAGGAUGGCAAAACUACUGUAACUUCUCAGAUUAGCUCUGUUUGUGACUUAGAUCUGAAUACUGCAAAGAGGGCAAUUGAAGGCAAUGAAAAUUACAUCAGUAGUGGAGAUGUACAUGCCCAAGGUCUUUGCCAGUUGGAAGAGGUCAGCAAAGCAUGUGGAUCCAAACUUGGUAGUCCAGAAAAUGGAUCAAAUUCGGAGUUUGAAAAGGUUGCAGAUGGAAAUAAACCCCAAUGUGACCAUACAGAAGAUAAAUGUUCUAGGAAUCAAGAGAUUGAACACAGCAGUUUUGAUUUCUUGCAGACAUGCUUUGGCCUUAAAAAUGAAAACAUCACAAACCAUUCAAAAUUAGACCAACCUGUGAUGGAGACUUUAUGUGAAGGUAUGAAUCAGAACUCCCAGAAUAAUCGCACACAACCCCCAGUUCUUGUUAGAGCUACCUGUCAACCAGUCACUGGAUAUCAAAAGAAAGGGGCAGCAGAUGGUAUGCAGGAACCUCCUGUACUCAGUUCGUUCUGCAAGGCUCAGGUUCCUUCAGAGUCAGGAAGGCAAAAUGACUCUGUGACGGGGCAAAUGAUUGGUGUUUUGGCAAGAACUGAAAGUAGAGAUGAGAUCAAGAUGACAAGUAAAUUUUCUUUGGUGUCGUCCCAGAAGUUGAUGAAAAAGCUGCAACCUGUUGUUCUUCUGAAGACAACUAAACAGAGUGCUGAUGAUGGAAUGACAUACUCUUGUUCUGAGUGCCAAAGGAAUACACAAAAUGUACAUGAGCUUAUUGAACACCACCACUAUGAACACUCACAGCAUAAUAUUUAUUAUUGUCUCACCUGUGGAUGUUAUUUUUCUAAUGGAGCAGCGGCAAAACAACAUUUGUGUGAGCAGGUUGGGCUGAAUGACCUACAGCUCCCUGAUUCUGUAUUGUCAAAGACUAAGGAGCAGAAAAUGAAAACAAAGUACGUGUGCAGGUACUGCCACAAAAUCUUUGUCAAAAAGCCAUACUAUCGUGAUCAUGAGCAAAGGCAUCGAGUUGUUACAGAACAUCGAUGUAAAUGUUGUGGAUUGUACUUUCCCCAUGCGAGUAAACUGAUCAGCCACAGACGAAAAAUCAGGUGCACACCGUUGGUAGUAGAACCCAUCAAGCAGGCUAAAGAGAGUGCAGAAACAUGUAUGACAGAGCAGAAGAAGCCAAACAUCAUUGUUGGAACUGAUGGCUGUCGAAUCGAGCUUCCUGAUUGUUUUGUCAAACUUGUGGACAUAAACAAGAAGAAUCAGUCACCUGAAGUAAUGCAUUGUCCAGUGUGUGGAAAAGAGUUCAAACUCAGAGCACAACUGAAGGGACACCUUAGGGCCCACUCUGAUGAAAAGCCCUUUAGAUGUGAUAAAUGUAAGAAAGAUUUCAAAUAUUCCUGGAAUCUUAACAAGCAUAAAAGGGAGGUGUGUUGUCAAAACACCAUCCAUCCUCCUGAAUUAUCUGUGCCAGACAGCAGACUUCCUGGUAGAUUUGAGUGUCCCAUUUGCUCACGGAUUUUUACGUACUCCUACAAUCGAAUGCGGCAUUUGCGUGAGCAGUGUCUGAAAGAAUAUACCGGAAAAGGGAAAGGAAAAGUUGGGGAUAGGUAUAAAUGCCCUCUGUGUAGUGAAACAUUUACCUUGGCUUGCAAUCGUAGUAGACAUAUCAAAAACACUUGCUUUCAGCAGUAUAAAAUUAAAGGGUCCUUGUACAAAAAGAAAGAGGUCAAGGAAGUCAAAGAUAAUGUUAAACAAGACAAAGACGAGAAGCAACCAGUGAUAGCAGUGCCCUCUCAGAAUCUUUCACGUUAUAAAUGUAAAUUAUGUCCAGCUAUGUUUGCACAUAAAUCUGGAGUCUAUAGACACAUGAAGAAACAUCAAAUGCGUGCAAAUAUUACAAUUCCAGUCAAUACCAACCCGGGUGAUCUCAAGCAGUCAAACUCUGAUAAUCGUGCACCCCAAAGCCAAGAAUCUCCUGCUGUGGUUUCUAGCCAGCCUUUCUCUUGUCGAUUCUGUGAAAAAUGUUUCAGUUCUACUUACUCAUUGAAGAAACAUUUAAGACUACAUAAGGGAAACAAACCUUUCCGCUGCUUGGACUGUGGUAAGCAUUUUGCAAGGCGUGGCCAUUUAAUAUCUCAUAAAAAUGUUCACAGGCGAAAGAUACAGUGUUCUGUCUGUAAAAUGACUUUUCCUACCAUUGGAGAUUUGCUGAAACACAGACAAACCCAUGUAAAAAAGGGUAUGCUUAAGUGCCCUGACUGCCCAAUGGAGUUCAAGUUUCCUGUGUUCUUGCGCCGACAUGUUGCAACACACGAGAACAAACUCAAGUCAAUCCAAACAGCAUAUGAGCUUAACAGAAAUUUAGCAGAACAAAAAGUGGAGCAAAUUCAGGAGGACUUUACAUGUGCAAUAUGCCAAAAGGUAUUUGUUGAUUCAAAAGCACUGAGUGAACACUGUUUAACUCAUGUGCCAAAAACCUCUGGUUCCAAAUGUCAGUUCUGUAAACGUAAUUUUCAGAGUCGAGCUUCACUGAUUCGGCACAUCCGUCUUCACACUGGUGAAAAACCUUUUCCUUGUGAACGGUGUGGAAUGCAUUUUCACCGCAAGGAACCCCUUAAAGCUCAUCAAGAGAAAUGCACAGGAGUACAAGAAAAACCAGCAUCUCUGCACAGAGCACAAAUCCGUGAGAAAUACAAAGUACAUGCAGUAUUGGAUAAAGUGAGAAGAAUUUUUAAGUGCUCAUUCUGCCCACAUAUAUUUGCCAUGUCAAACAAUUUGACGAUGCAUGAAAGAGCACACAUGGCCAAAUCAAUUAUUCCAUGUUUAAAGUGUGGGAAGUUUUACAAGAGAAAAAAAAUUAAAGAACAUCAGAAGAGUUGCAGGGGCAAGGAAUCUCACCCUACCUGUAGACAAUGUGGUGCAGUAUUCACCAGAAACAAAAUCAAGAAUGCAUACGAGUGCAAGUGCCAGGAUGUUACCAUAGUUGUCACAAACACUAACACAAGCUCAAAAGAAAUAAGCAUGACUGUCAAGGACAGGAUGCAGAGGUGUCCAUAUUGCCCUAAAUGUUUCAGGUACAGAUGUUACCUAUUGAGACAUCUUCGUUCUCACUUAAAGAAAAAAACAUUUGCAUGCAUGCAUUGUGGUCAGAAAUAUGCCACUCAGCACCGCUGCCUACAGCACGAGGCCUUCUGUGAUGGGGUGAUCAGGGAACAUAAAUCAAAAAAAUGGAAUGAAUCUAUUAAACCCAAAAACAUGUCACUUGGUGCAGCAGAUCUGAAAGAUGCCAGAGCAACUCUGGUGGAAACUGAUGGAGAAUUCAAGUGCAAAUUUUGCACCAAAACCUUUACAAAGUCACGAAAUCUGAGGCGCCACAUUCUUACCCACACAGAAGUCAAACCAUAUCGUUGCAAGUCAUGCGAAAGUUGUUUUUCCCGAUAUGAUCAUCUGAAACUGCACCAGGCACGCUGUAAAGGCAAGAGAAAACGACUCGAGGUGCGCAUUGAAAAGAUUCCUCUUGACCAUGUUGGUACAGGUUGGCAAUCAAAAAUGCAGCAACCAAAUGACAAAUUUAAAUGUAAUACUUGCUCUCAGCCGUUCUCCACCUACAGUAAUCUAACCCGACACAUUUCUAUGCUGCAUUCUGCUUUCAAACCUUACUCCUGUAAAAAAUGUGGUAACAGGUAUUGCACUAAAAAGAGUCUGAGGAGACACAUUCUCAAGGUAAACUGCAAGAGGUCCUCAGAAGAGAGCCUGAAAAAGUUAAAUGCUCCAGUCCAGGCAUGCAGAGAAACCUCUAAACUCUUACAGCGAAUACAAGGACACUAUACAAACAAAUGGAAAUUUCAGUGUGAGUACUGUCCUCGCCGCUUUAAAGAUCAGUCACAAUUGAAGGUGCAUACUCGUCUUCAUACAGGAGAAAAACCAUUUGGCUGUGCCAGUUGUGGUGAGCGUUUCAUCAGAAGGGAUUACUUGCAGCGCCACUUGGUUAAAUGCAUUGGAAAAGGAGAAAGUCUUGAAAAGGUGCUUUGUGACCAGUGCGGUGGAUUGUUUACUCAAGAAGCUCUUCAUAUACACCAGAGAACCUGUAUCAUCAACUUGAAGUCAGCUGACUUCCCCCAGAGGGUAAACAGUUGUAGUAACCCUUCAAAGAUCAAGGGGUUUUCUUGUGUCAGUUGCAGUGACCGCUUUUUGUUGUUCUCACAGCUUCAGCAGCAUUUUCUGACAAAACAUAGAUCUGACAGAAUCCAGCAGUCAAAUAACUUUGAAUACAAACAGUUAUCAAAUCCUUUGCGCAUAAAGGAGGAGCCAAUAGAUGAAGAAGAGUAUGUAGGAAUCCUGCCAAGCAGCAGUCAGAUGCAUACUAAGAUUGCACCUGAGGACACAGAUGGUGAAAGGGAGAAACCAUUCAAGUGUCAGCAAUGCAACAUGAGAUUUAUCAGCAAUGGUGGGCUAGGUAUGCAUAUGCGCACUCAUACAACAGUAUACCCACUUUCUUGUAAAAGAUGCCACAAGGGAUUCUGGAGCAGAAAUGUCCAAAACAAGCACAUGAAAAAGUGUAAGGGCUUUGAAAUUUUCACAAAAAAAGAACCUAACCUGGAAUCUGCAACUUCAUCAGAAUUGGAGUUUACUCUAAAUGAUACAGUUCUUGUGUUUAAUAAGGGCUCCAAAACAACAGGGACAGGAGUACUGCAGACAAAUUUUUCAUGUAAGGAUCAGGACAAAGCACAUGUGGAUAAAGGAGAUGUAGUUGUCCACAAAUAUCAGUGCUCUGAGUGUGAUCAAAGUUUCACAGAUGGGCUCAGGCUUAUUAGCCAUCUUGAGGAUCAUGGUCGUGAAGACCAGGAACGCAGAUUAGGCAACCAGCACCGGUGCCAUCUGUGUGGAAAGACCUUUGGACAAGCUGGAGUACUGCAAAGACAUGUGAAGACCCGACACCAGGAAACUGUUACUAAUACCUGUCCCCAGUGCUUCAGAAGUUUUCGUUGUCCCUCAGAUUUAGACAUCCACAGGUCGUGUCAUGACCCUAAUAGGCCAUUUGUUUGUAACAUAUGCGAGUUGAGAUUUUGGACUGCUAAAUCGUUGAGUGUUCAUCAAAGGCAUGCUCAUACAGGUACUGAGCAGCUCAAAACAACUGAGUCUACUCCAAAAGCUGAAGUAGGGUUUCCCAAACAAUAUACUUGCUUUCCUUGUAAUAGAUCCUACACAAUAAGAAAGUCAUAUAUGAGACACUGCAGAAUUAAACAUGGAGGAUAUAAAAGUCUUCCUGAGAAAAGUGUUCCUAUGAAACAGCAAUUGGACAAGGUAGAAUCUGACACAAAUUAUGUAGUUAAUGAUCUAAGUGAUAAUGAUUCUGAUUCUGCACCCUAUUUUCCUUGUCAUGUCUGUGGGAAAACAUUCUUGACAUCAGAAAGUCUUGAGGAUCAUCAAAGAUGCCAUCUUGGUGAAAAACCCCAUGAAUGUGAAGAAUGUGGCAAAUGCUUUUUUCAGCUUGUAAACCUGCAGCAGCAUCAGCGCAGCCACAAAUCUGAGUUUCAGUGUCAGAUGUGUGGUAAAGGUUUUGUGUCACUUUUUGCACUGCGCAAACAUAAGCACACUCAUGUCAGAAAACGGCCUCAUCGCUGUACAAAGUGCCAUCUAAGCUUCACAGGCUCUUCACAGCUGGCAGAACACAUGAUCUCUCAUCGUGAUGAAAAUUUUCCCUGUGAUCUUUGUCACAAAACAUUUUCCUGCAAGGCAACCCGAGCAGAACACCGAAAGACCCACGCUGAGCAUGAGGAAGAACUCCCUCCCUUGAUUUCACCACCCACAAAUCAGACUUUAUCUCCACCUAGGUCAGACAGAAGUCCAUGUUUAAGUAUUGUUCAGCAAUACAAAUAUCGCUGUGGAAUUUGUCAGGUGCGAUUCUCAGAUCCAGAACAGCUCUCAGAGCAUGGAUGCAAUGCAGCAAAAGAGCGUCCAUACUCAUGUCCUGAAUGUAACAAGCAUUUCUUGCAUGGUUCUCACCUUAAAAAGCAUCAGCUAAGUCAUCAGUUAUCUGGACCACGUUCUUUUCAAUGUAACAGUUGCCACAUGAGCUUCAGCCACCGCCAUCACUUCCUAACUCAUUUAAGAAGACAUGGUGAUGAAAAAUCUUCAGGCUCUCGUAUCCAUAAAAAAAUGAAGGUGUCAAACACUGAUCCAGUUCAAGACAAAAUUUACACAUGCCCCAUUUGCCCUGAGAGUUUUUCUCAAGCCCUAGAGCUAGCAAAUCACCUUUCUGUUCACUCGCACAUGUGCAAUGUUUGUAACAAAACUUUUGCAUCUAAGCAACAACUUGAGGAACACGAACAAUGUCAUUUGUCUGCAGCUACACAUUAUGAAUGUACUGAAUGUGGAAAGAGCUUUCUUGGUAGUGAUGCCUUUCGGCAGCAUCACUGUGCUCACCAGAAACGCUUGUUUUCCAGCAAACAUCCAUCAGGGUCAUCCCUGUCACCCCCUGAUAAAAAGACAUCUUCAGGACCUUCAUUUGAAAUUAUGAAUAAUAAUGAUGAGGAGGAGGAAGAAGUUGAUGUAGGUGAAGACUUUUAUAAUUGCUCUAUCUGUAAAAAACGAUUCUCUUCUAGUAGUAGUUUGCAGGAGCACCAAAAGCUGCAUGAAGAUGAGCGCCCUUUCAAAUGUUUGGUCUGUGGGAAAGGCUUUACAAAAAAGAAAUAUCUCACACAGCACCAGCAGUUGCACAGUGAGCGACCUUACCAAUGUAAUUUGUGCUCUGAAUCCUUCAAAACUGAACCAACUCUAUUGUCCCACCAUAAAACACAUGAUGCAACACGAAAAUACCAGUGCUCUGUCUGUAGCAAGUCAUAUCGUACACCAUAUGACCUUUCAAAGCAUGAACAGAAACAUUCUCAUUUGCAAAGGUUCAGUCAAGGGAGUGGCGACCACAGAUGUGAUAUGUGUUAUAAAUCUUUUUCUCAGCUUUCUCAGCUGCGACAACAUCAGGAAAGUCAUGUUGGACAAAUUGUCUAUGAAUGCACAGAGUGUGAUAAAGCCUUUGCUUUUCUGAAUCUUUUAGAAGAACAUCAGAGAACUCAUGCAACUGCUAUAGACCAGUCGCCGUCACUUGUUGUCUUUCAAAGCCCAGACAUUGAGUAGUGUACUAUAGAGUAUUUCCUGCAGUGCAGGAGAUUUAGUCCUUCAGUUUUCUGAACACCUUUAUAAGACUGUACAGUUUCUUGAUGCAUGAUUUAGUUUAUCACUUUCCAAUCUUACUGUAUUCUCAAGCUCUUUGUUUGAGCUUAUUUCAUCUCAUAUUAAUGGAGUCACAAUACAAUUAUAUAUGGAAGCAAUUCUUACUUUUUGAGAACUCUAGUGUUUUUAUAGCACCCAAAACUUCAGACUCGGGUGUAUAUAACAAUAAUAAUAAUAAUAAUAAUGAUAAUAAUAUAAAAUCAAGAUAGUGGUUGUGAAGUAAAAAUUUGCAUGCCAGGAAAAAAAGGAAUUCUCAUUAAAUACCAUCCUUAUCAUCCCUCCCAUCCUUGGCAAGGCGUAUAUGGCAGAAAUAUCCACUUAUGUCUCAUGCCUAAACCGAUUGCUCUCUUUGGCCACACAAUAUCUUUUAUCUUUUUGAAACACUUUUUCUGUUUGUGAAGUUUGUAAUUUUGAGAGAGAAAUUGUUUUGAAUCUAGUACGUUUUAUAGUACAGCCUUUUGUGUAAUGUUCUGAUAACUGGUUUUAGCCAUACAUCUUAAUACCUCUGUUUGCAAGGUUUUAAAGCAGUGUGAAUUGAAUGGGAUUAUUACAGAGUUACAUAUAAGCCUUUUAUAUGUUGCUUUGUAUGUAAUUGGUUCAUAAUGUAUAUCUUGUAUAUCUUUCUGUUCAUGUUGAUGAAUUUGAAAAUCUGUAUUCUUACUAGUCUUUGUUAAACAGGUGGCCAAGAGCUCCUAUCAAGCACUUGGUGUAGUCAUUUGGUUUGGAGAUUGACUGCAUUUAUAUAAAGUAUAUAUGCAUAUGUAAUUUUUUUAACAUCAUUUAGGUUCAGACAAUAAACCCAUUUGAAUAUA